AUGGUGGAAGGACCCGGAGCGCGGCGGCCCGGCCGCGGUGGGGGCGGGGUGGGCGCGUGGCGCCCCCGCGACGCUGCGCUCCCUGAGCGCGGAGCCGCCGGCGACCCCCCGAGGGCGGCCGGAGGCGGCGGCAGCGGUCCGCGGCUGGGCGCUCCCGACGCCUCGCGUCGCGGUGCUGGCCGGGGCCGGGGAGGGGCGCGGGGUCAGGUAGAAGCCUUACAGGAAACCGGACGUCCGAGCUCCCCGCAUUCGGAGCCGGCGAGCUGGCAAAAAGUAUACUUGAAAGAAAGACCAGUCUUAGAAGACCAGCGUGCAUUAGGUGUUGAAGAGUGCCUUGAAGGUCGAAGGGGACAAUGGCUGUUUUACCUUUUCCUGCUGCAUUUGGCUCUUGCUUUCUGUGGUGAGCUGUAAAUUUACCAUAAUUUUCUUUUGACUUUUUUCUUUGACGUGUUGU